AUGUUUGGUAAGGAAAGUGAAGGAGACCUCAAUGCUCAUGCUCAGCAGUAUCUGGCACUGUGUGAAUGCAACUAUGCCAAACUGCAACUGAUACUGAUAGCAAGGACUGCACUUUCUGAAGACCUUGGAAUUGGACUUGCUGGUAGAGCCAUGCCAUGGGCCUUGCAGUUGGUCCAGGACCUGGUCAAAGAGCUGGAGAUGUGCUCUGAACUGGCAAUCCAUCAACACUGUUGCCUACCUGAACCAUUUGUCAAUUUAUCCCCUGGGGAACUGGAGAAUCUGUACCCAAUUGACUGGGCUGAACUGAUGUCAGAGGCACAGGUGAACCUUUACACUGACAAGCAGGGGAAUACUGCCCUCCAUGCCACAGAUGCCUUGCCAACCUUCAAGAAUGAUGCCAAACACUUGUGGGUGAUGGAGAAGAAUGCAGAACAGGCUGCAAAGGAUAAAAAGAGGGAAUUGGCAGAGGCUCACAGGGAUGUCAAGACAGUGCAGUCUGUCAGGUCAGCAUGUGCAGUGCAAGUGGCUGCAAGGAAAAACCAGAGACAACCCAAGUCACUUGAGUUCCUUGAGGACAGUGGUGAUGAAAUACACCCAUGGAAGCAGGUCCAUCCAAGACCACAGAGGACAGGAAUGCAGGAUCAUCCACAACACAGGGUCCUGCUAAAUGGACCUGGAUGUCAAGACAGUGCAGUCUGUCAGGUCAGCAUGUGCAGUGCAAGUAGCUGCAAGGAAAAACCAGAGAUAACCCAAGGCACUUGA